GUUCCCAAUACAAGAUGGCGGGGACGGUGGGGAGGAAGAGGCGGAGGCGGAUUCGGAUCGAGCUGAGCGAAGCCUUUAUCGGGUUCCCAGCAAUCCUCUCAAAGGCCAGAUGAAGAGAGAUGUCGAGUGAAAACCACAAUACGGCCGGGGGCGACCACCCUGCACUGGUGAUGUCCCCCACAAGCUCCUCCAACCAGGGUCAGCCCCUGUCGCCCAGCGCGGCCAAACCCAUCCUUGAGCUGCCAGAUGACAUGAUCCAGGCGGGCUGGUCCAAGUGCUGGAGCAAAAGGGAAAACCGGCCCUACUACUUCAACCGCUUCACAAACCAGUCUCUCUGGGAGAUGCCAGUACUGGGGCAGCAUGAUGUCAUUUCGGACCCCCUGGGUUUGAACGCGGCCCCGGUGGACCCCGGCCUGGACAACGGGCAGCGCAAGAGACGCCUCUCUGAGGAGACGGCGGUGGGAGGAGCCAACAGCUUCAAGAGACCCAAGGUGGAGAUCAUGCCAGUGACCCCGACGACCCCGACGGUGCCCAUCUCCCCCAGCACCCCAGGCCCCCCCGGCACCCCCCUCUCUAAGAUAUGGGGGUCCCCGACGGACGAGAAGCAGCAGCCCCCCUCUGCCGCGCCCACGCCUGCCCCCUACAGACCGACCGCGGUGUACUGGGACCUGGACAUCCCGACCAACGCGGUGAUCAAGGAGCGCCCCCCCUCGGACGCACUGCCCCCACACCCCGACGUGGAGCUGCAGCGAGCCCAGCUCACACUGAAGCUGCGCAAGCACUACCUGGAGCUGUGCCAGCAGAGAGAAGGGAUCGAACCCCCGCGGGACUCGUUUAACCGCUGGCUGCUGGAGCGCAAGGUGCUGGACAAGGGGAAGGACCCCUUCCUGCCCAGCGAGUGUGAGCCGGUCAUCUCUCCGGCCAUGUUCCGGGAGGUCAUGAACGACAUCCCUAUCAGAUUGUCACGUAUUAAAUACAGAGAAGAGGCCCGCAAGCUUCUCUUCAAAUACGCGGAGUCUGCGAAAAGAAUGAUCGAGUCCAGGAACGCGACCCCUGACAGCAGGAAGGUAGUGAAGUGGAACGUGGAGGACACCAUUAGCUGGCUGAGGAAAGACCACUCCGCCUCCAAGGAGGAUUACAUGGACCGUCUGGAGCACUUGCGGAAGCAGUGUGGCCCCCACGUGGCAGCCGUGGCCAAGGACUCCGUGGAGGGGAUCUGCAGUAAGAUCUACCACAUCUCCUGUGACUACGCACGACGCAUCCGGGACUGCCACAGCGCGCUGCUCAAGGAGUGCAACAUCUCGGAGACAGUGGAGGCCCCCGAAAUCCAGGACAGGCUGGUGUACUGCUACCCCCUGCGCCUCGCCAUCCCCUCGCCGCCCCAGCCCCGCGUGGACCUGCACUUCGAGAACGACGUGGCCUGCGUGCGCUUCAAGGGGGAGAUGGUGAAGAUCAACCGCAACUACUUCAGCAAGCUGGAGCUGCUGUACCGGUACAGCUGCAUCGAUGACCCACGGUUCGAGAAAUUCCUCUCCAGGGUCUGGUGCCUGAUCAAGAGAUACCAGGCGAUGUUUGGCGCAGGGGUGCAUGAAGGCACUGGCCUGCAGGGGGCGCUGCCGGUGCCCGUGUUCGAGGCUCUGCACAAGCAGUUUGGAGUGAGCUUCGAGUGCUUCGCCUCCCCCCUCAACAGCUACUUCAAACAGUUCUGCUCUGCCUUCCCAGACUGUGACGGAUUCUUCGGGUCCCGAGGCCCCUUCCUGAGCUUCUCUCCAGUCAGCGGCUCCUUCGAGGCAAACCCCCCGUUCUGUGAAGAGCUGAUGGACGCCAUGGUGUCUCACUUUGAGGACCUGCUGGAGCGCUCGAGCGAGCCGCUGUCCUUCAUCGUGUUCGUCCCGGAGUGGCGCGACCCCCCCACGCCCGCGCUCACCCGCAUGGAGUCCAGCCGCUUCAAGAGGCACCAGCUCACCGUGCCGGCCUUCGAGCACGAGUACCGGAGCGGCUCCCAGCACACGUGCAAGAGGGAGGAGAUGUACUACAAGGCGGUCCACGGCACUGCCGUCCUCUUCCUCCAGAACUCUGCUGGCUUCGCCAAGUGGGAGCCGACAGCCGAGCGGGUCCAGGAGCUGCAGGGAGCGUACCGCGUCUCCGGCCGGACCCUGACCUCCCCGGGCCCCCUGCCCGCCACCGGCACCGGGGACAAAGAGCUCGAAACGGAGCGCGAGCAGGGCACCAGCCAGGAGACCCCGUCCACCGGGGACACCACACCCCCCUCCGGGGUCACGCCAGCCCCCGACCCAGCCAGCAUCUGAAAGAGGGAAACCAGCCCGGUCAGGCAGGCCCUGUGGGGUUCAGUAGGGACCCUGUCCCUGCUCAUCUGUGCUUGUUUUUAUUUCACUGAACUGGCGGUUUGUUCUGGCAUUGAUAACACAGCGUGAUUAUCUGACAGCGCCCCCCUUCAUUUGAAAUGCUCUGAAAUAAGACUUUUAACUGUGCCUGGCUUAUCCGUUUUCACUGAUAAAACCAGCUGGGCAACUUUUUACUGCUCUGUUUGGGUCAGACUCUGUCCCGUCCCGUUAUAUCCCCUCUGUACCCCGACAUAUAAAGUAAUUGAGGUUGUGAGUGUUCGGGCAGCUAUGUAUGUGAACUGACAUUCUCCCGGCCCCUGUCAAGGACUGGUGUGUACAGGGAGUUGAAAUUACUACAGAAACCCUUUUCCCUUUUUUCUCUUCUGAUGAGCCGGGAGAUCAGAAGGAUCUUGAACCUCCACAGCAGACCCGGGAGGAGACCCUGGGAAAGGCAGUCACAUGACCAUGUUGGGGCAGGGUUUUUCUUUUAGUCACUUUACUUUAGAAACUGCUGCAACAAAACGAGGCGCCUUCCAGCAAUGAUUGCUCUUUGCAGGUCCUGACUGAGAGCAGAUAGCAAGCAGGCUCCCAUUGCAGUGCAGUUCGACUGAGUCGAGUUCUUGCAGGUCCUGACUGAGAGCAGAUAGCAAGCAGGCUCCCAUUGCAGGGCAGUUCGACUGAGUCGAGGUCUUGCAGGUCCUGACUGAGAGCAGAUAGCAAGCAGGCUCCCAUUGCAGUGCAGUUCGACUGAGUCGAGGUCUUGCAGGUCCUGACUGAGAGCAGAUAGCAAGCAGGCUCCCAUUGCAGGGCAGUUCGACUGAGUCGAGGUCUUGCAGGUCCUGACUGAGAGCAGAUAGCAAGCAGGCUCCCAUUGCAGGGCAGUUCGACUGAGUCGAGGUCUUGCAGGUCCUGACUGAGAGCAGAUAGCUCUCGGGUGUAAUUAUAUAUAAUCUGUCUAUCGGAGUCUCUUCAUCAGCUGAGACAAAGGGGCAGUCUCUUAGUUGGGGUAGUUUCCAAACGUUAAAUGUUUUCUGAAGCCUUUUACCCUAAGGGGUAGAGUUUGGUCAGUUAAGCUAAGGGAGCACGAAGCCACUUUGUGUCUUGGAACUUGAUUUCAGGAGACCACGUUUCAGGCCCCUGCAUGGCACACUUGGGGUUUGAUAGAGCGGAGCUGCCUCUAACUAGGUCUCCCUUCAUAAAGUGUGUUUGUGUUCCCUCAGCUCUAGACGAGGUCUCCCCCUCUGUACUGGCUUUGUGACUGUGUGAAUGAGGAGAGAUUUCUGAGCCGUGGUCCUGUGAACACGGUCUCCGUCAGUAUUUAACAGCGUGUGAGCCGAGCGGUGACAACCCCAGGGAGACUCAGUCCGGGGUUCCAGAGGUCGAACACAACGCAGCUCUGCAGACAACUGGAGGCACAUAAACGCUUUCCCCUAAGAUGCGAAGAUCAGAUCCUCUGCAAACGUAGCAGGGGCCGUUCCAGUCGUUUAAAAUGUCACCUGCUCGGGCUGCUGCGGGUUUCACCCGUAAUGAUAGACGCAGGUUAGGAGAGACGGAGAGACAGACAGACAGACAGACAGACAGUCUGCUGGAACAGGCAGGAGAGUUCUGAGCUCCAGCGAGUUACUGUCACCAGCAAACACGUGUAUAUAAUGAUAGGGAGUGUAAUCAGCGUUUCCGUUCCGUUUCCACUUUCACAGCCUGUCUCGUUUAGUAUAUGGAUGUCUAAUGUAGUCCAUGAAGGCAUUUUCAUAGAGGUGCUUUUAGCUUGUGUUGUGGAUGUGUAGGUGAUUUUUGUGAUAUUUUGUUUUGUCUUUUCAUUUAAUUUAAUUUAACAUGACUUUUAUUACUAAAAAAAAAAAAAAAAAGAACCAUUUAUUUUUUAUUUUUUUAAUGAAAUCUUGAAUUUGUGAAACAUUUCUUGUUUUAAAAUAAACCAAAGUGUGAUUAAAAAUGCUCUGUGUAAAAAAAAAAAAAAAAUAAUAAUAAUAAUAAUAAUAAAAACGAAUGCGAUCCAUUCGAUCUGGUAUUUAACAGACGUUACUCUGAAUACACCGGUGAAAACCAGCAGAUUCCCCUUCCGUUUAUUUUUAUAAUGUAGAUUUGUUUUGUAAUGAAUGUAGCCGUCCUUCCUGUCCUGAGAUAUAAGUGGUUUCAUUGGAGAUUUCUUUCUCACAAACAGAAUAAAAAGCUAGUUGUGUUCCUCGAGGUGAGCUUGCUUCAGUGGCUUUUUGUGCGUCAGCAGCGAUUUCUUUUUUUUCCAGCUAGUUGUCUUGAUUUCCUGCGUGAGAGAGUUGAAAUGCAGACGUUAAGCACGGCGUAGCGGAUUGGAGUGUCUGCUGCAUCAGCUUUGCAGUUACCCAGGCUAUGUGAGCUCACCCCUGGUCUAGCUGACACUGCCUCGAGGAACACUGGCUUGCAGCUCACCAGCAGUUGCCACUUCAUUUAAAAACGUGUCAUUUCGACGGAGGGUCGCUUUGCAAUGGGACGUUAGCCCUGCUGUAUUAAAGAGCCCUCCCUCCUAGGUGAUGCACUGCGGCUGGAUAUCUGUGUGUGCUGUAAAUAGUCUGUGAACGUGUGUAUCUGAAAAGCAAGCGGACAUGUGACAAGAGAAGCCCGGUGAUUGAGGCGUGUUCCAGUGUUUUCUCAAAGGGAAGGGUUGCACUGGUCUUGCUGUCUGCCUCUGCCUUUGUGUGUAGAUAUUAUCUGACACGGGGUCCAAGCUUUGGGUAAAGGUUCUAGAAUUCAAGGAUGUGAUGUAAUGGAAUGCAGAGUAAGAUCCUUUAGAAAAGAUUGGAACACCUUUAUUACCUUGUGGGAGUCCAUGUCUGUGUUGUGCUAAUAUACAGUAUAAAUAUAUAUAUAUAUAUACAAAUAUAUAUAGUUUCUUGUGCAUGCGUGCCAACUGAACAGCUGUGCAUGUGAGACCUGGGGAUCUUUCUCUUCACUCCUCCUUUUGUUUUAAAUUAUAAUGCUUCGUUACUUCAUUGCUGGUGCAGAGUUCUUAGAAUUGUUUUUAUGACAGUCACGUUCAUUAUGUAUAAACUUCAUUAUGUUUUUAAACUACAAUGCAGUUGGUUCAAGCCUUUCUUGGACUUUUUUAAAUUUCUGUUAACAUUUUCAACAGCAUGUGUUAGAUUAGCUUUCUGUUGUAUGAGGUGUACGUUCUUUGUACUAAAAACAAAAGCUUGAUCUCUGACUACAGUUCAUAUGAUGUGGUUUCAAAUUGUUUUCUGUGUGUGUGUGUGUUCGUUUUUGUUUUUUGUAAACUUUUAUUACAGUGUAUUCACAGUGGAAAAUGUUGCAGAUUAAAAAAAAGGGUUCUAAAGAGUUAAA